AUGAAUAAUAGCAAUGACAGCUCCGUGAAUGAUUUUCUCUUGCUGGGCUUUUCCAUCCUUGGAAAGACACCAACUUUACUUUUCCUGAUUUUCUCCCUCACCUAUGGCACCAUUCUGGCCUUCAACAUCACUAUCAUGUCAGUCAUAUUGCUAGACCGGACUCUACAUUGUCCAAUGUACUUUUUACUUUUUGCAUUAUCUGUCUCAGAAACUUGUACCACAUUUGUCACCAUCCCCAAACUGCUAAUGACUCUGUGGACUGGCAGACAGUCCAUUUCCUUGGUUGGAUGUGCUACGCAGAUGUUUUGCUUCUUUAGUUUGGGAGCCAACAACUGUUUCUUGUUAGUCGCUAUGUCUUAUGACCGAUAUGCAGCAAUUUGCUACCCACUUCAGUACCAGGUGCUGAUGGAGAAAAGGGUUUGCAUCAAACUAGUAGCUGCAUCUUGUGUAACCGGAUGCUUUAUAUCCCUAGUUAUUUGCAUCCUUAUUUUCAGGUUGCCUUUCUGUGGGCCAAAUAGAAUCCAACAUUUCUUCUGUGAUAUUUCACCCGUGCUGAGUCUGACUUGCAUUGAUACUUACCUAACUAAUCUGGGGAUAGUUCUUUUAUGUGCCCUUGUUUUGCUGGGCACUGUCCUAUUGAUCUCUAUUUCAUACUUCUAUAUUAUUUCUGCUAUCCUAAGGAUCUGCUCCAGUUUGAGAAGGAGAAAAGCUUUCUCAACCUGUGCCUCCCAUCUCACUGUGGUGAUCACCCACUUCAGCUGUGCUUGUUUUGUGUAUCUGAGGCCUAAGGCAGCUUCUUCACUAGAUCAAGACACAUUGAUCUCAACCGUUUAUGUCUUUCUGACCCCUCUACUGAACCCUUUGAUUUAUACCUUGAGAAACAAGGAAGUUAAAUUAUCAAUCCAAAAAUUGAUAAGGAAUUCAUUUUGUUCUCAGAAUCUCUAA